CACCAAUAGUGCAGCACUGCCUUGAGCGCAGCAGACAGCUGUUUUUGAAUACAGUGUCUCACAGACUUUAAACUCUCUCUUGUUACUAAUAAGUCAGUCUUCCCUGAACUCACUGGUUAUUAAUAGCUAGUGUGUAUUGCGGUUUCUGCGCAGUUUGAUCGUGAUUUGUGAACACUAAUGUGGGAAACAAGAAAUGGCCCUGAUUUUUAGCCUGUUAAUAAUACUGCAUUACUUCUCUUUGUCUUCACAAGAUUUGGCAGUUGCAGAAUCUACUUUGCAAAAUAUAGAAAAUGUGUUAAAUAAUAACAACGAAUCGCAAUGGAUGUACAGUAUGCCUAUAGUUACGAAUGUUUAUAUUUCUUUUCAGAACGAUACUGCAAAUUUUUCCGUCGAGCAUCUUGAGUUGCAUGUUAAAGAAUGCAAGAGGGAAGAAUUUUUCCGUUGCUCCGAAAGACAUGUAGUAUGUGCUGUUGUUAACAAAGGCAAUAUUUCAGAAGUGAUAUCUUGCGCUCCAAAGGAGAAACACCACCACAUUAUAAAUGACUUGGGCUACAAAGAAGAAACUGCAGCUGAUCUGGAAACGACUGUAAGAUCUGUCUUCGAAAGAUCUAUAAACAAUAUUUCUAAGAAAAGUAUUGUCGACAUCAUCUCAGUGAAAACACAGGAAACACACAAUGGCACAGAAGUGUACGCGACAGUGAAAGUUAUAAACGCAGAUGAAGGUGACGCGUUACAGUUUGAAGUAUGUGAGGUUGAAAUCAUCAGCUCACAACAGUCAGAAGCUGUGGCCAGGGACAGCAGGUGCUUCCCUCUUUCUGAAACACAGACUCAGUACUCUGGCUCAGAAGAUGAGAUGCCAAAAAUUGCACAAGAAGCUGUUCUACAUUUAAAUGGGCUAUCUCAAUCAAAGUUUGCUUACAAUCUUCACGACAUCAUAAGAGCGGAGAAAAUGGUGACACCUGGAUCACAGGGAUCUUUGAUAAAUCUUCAGCUUAAGGUAGCGCCUUCACUGUGUCUCAAAUUGCUCUCAUUUCCUCUUAAUAAAACAUGUCCAGAAAAUGAAGACUUAACAAAUAUGGUUUGCAAUUUGACACAUUGGAAUCGGCCUUGGAAAGGAGAUGUGAUCUACUCAUCUCCUGAAUGCCGUGUGGAUGUAGAGGAGAGUGCAGCACUACAGUCAUUUGAUGUUGGCUCACGUUCACAUGAUCGAAAAGCGAUAGAUGACUCAGAGAUUGAAAAAUACCUAGAAUCAAUAAUUGAAGUUGGUGUGCCUGAACCAGAAAUGUCAGCAGGAAAAAUAUCAGACUCAAAACCUGAAGAAAAGAUAGGCGCAACAGCGGCAUUAGACAUUGAGGAUCCAGUACCUGCUGUAGAAGAACCUAUGAUUGCCAAAAAAGCAUUUUGUCUGGGGUGUCCUGUUGACUUAAACGUAAAUAAUCCAGAUUUGUCCCAAUUUGUUGAUCUGGCACUUAACUCCAUUGACAAAAGCACAACAAAUGCAUACAAAUAUGGAUUAGUAAGUGUGCGUAAGGCUCAGAGGCAGGUUGUGAAUGGAAUUAUGUACAUGUUGCUCCUUGAUGUUGGUGAAACAGAAUGUUUGAAGGAAACUAACAUGGACAGGAACUUGUGUGCAAUCAAUUAUAAAAGUGAUCCCAACACUUGCUACAUUGAAAUAUUUGAGAAACCAGGACUUCAGAAACAGAGGGAGAUUACAUUUAAUAACUGCACCGGAAUAGAUGACAAUUAUCCAUCUAAUGACAUUGUUGCAAACCCUCUUUCAGUCAGUAUUUCCAAAAAUGAAAAAGUGCUGACUCAUUACAAGGAUGAUGAUAGGCCCCAGUUUGGUUCUUUUGAUGAUUUGGCAACAGUGUCUGCAGAUGAUACUCCUUAUAACUAUGCCCGUGGCUACUCAGCUGACUACAUGGAGGAUAUUCCCUUCCUUGGGUGGGAUAUGGGAGGCUAUCUUUCAGACUCAGAAGAGUACUACCAAACGGGGCAGAAUGCCCGUAUGAAAAGACGAGGGGUUUCUGGUUUCAUUGGAGGUCUUAAAGAUAUAGGUCCAGGAGAGGAGCAGUUGGUAAAUGACUUAGCAGCUACUGCAGUUGAAACACUCGAUGCCAUUGAUGAGGACAAUCUGAAGCGUGUUGUUGUGGAGGUAGUGGAUGCAAAGAAGCAGAUUAUGGAUGGUGUGAUGUAUCACUUGAAACUUGUUGUUGGAACGUCGUUGUGUGAAGAAAAUAAGGCACCAAAUGCAGACUGUCUCAAAGACUUGGUUAUGCCACUUUCUCUUUGUACUGUACAUCUUCAUCGCUCAUUUGUUGAUAAUUCACUUAGAGUUCAGGUUGUCAGGUCUGAAUGCUCCCCUAAAGAAGAAGGACUUUCAGAUGACACUUUCCAACCGAGGACCAUAGAUGGUCAUUCAACCACAACUGGUGCCUCUGGUGUAGAUGUAUAUAACCCUCAGCUCAACCAUGUGACAGAAUUUGCACUUUCAGAAAUCAACAAAAAACUAAAUGUAGCCCACACUCUUUUAAACCUGAUUAAUGUUCACACUGAGAUCAAUGAUAAUAUCAACAUGUACUUGACUCUUAAAAUUGCACCAUGUGUGGAUGGAAAUGAAGCAGGAGUCAGCUGCAGACCCCAGAUUACAGAAGCAAAAAUUUGUAAAGCUGAAGUAUCUGAAGGAAUUAUGCAGCCAUCAUUGGAACUUCAAAAUUUCUCAUGCAGUGGUUUGCCAGAUAAACAGGAAACACGCAGGCUGCUUGGAGCAUCCUCACCAGUAGAUGUCAGUGAUCCAUAUGUACAAGAAGUGGCAGAUAGUUCACUGGCAGAACUAAACAGAAGAUCCAACAAUGUGUACCGACGUGAAUUGAUUAGGGUUUUGAGUGCUGAAGUGCAGGUUGUUGCUGGUAGAUUGAUCCAUUUGAGAAUGGAAAUUGGUUACAGCACAUGUAAAAAAGAAACUGAAAUUAAUUCUGGAGACUGUUCAGUAAGAAAGGACUUGGGCAGUCAAAUAUGUGACAUAAAAGUCUGGGAUAGACCAUGGCUGAAAGAUCGGCAGAUAGAUAAAAUCUCAUGUUCACCUGGGUCUAUUCAACGGAGAAAGAGGUCUGAACAUUCUGAUACAGAGCCGCACAGAAUGUUGGUUGGUGCCCCAGGGAAUAUAGAUGUGGACAAUUCUGAAGUGAAAAGUGCAACAGCUUUUGCUGUAUCAGAGCUGGACAAAGAGUCUAAUUCACAGUUCAAGAGAAAACCAGUGAAAGUAUUGGAUGCAAAAGCACAAGUUGUUGCAGGAAUUUUGUACCACCUUACUGUAGAAACUGGUGAAACGACUUGCCUGAAAGAAGCUGAUGACAAUGCUGAUGAGUGUGACUUGAAAGAAGACUCAGUGAACCACAUCUGCAGAGUGAAAGUGCUAGUCCAGGCCUGGGCAAACCAUCGCGAGCUGACCUCCUCCCAGUGUUCACCAAAACCACAGACUCGCAAGAAGAGAGCAACUAUGCAGAUGGAUAUGCCGAACCCACUGAUCCAUGGUGGUUCAGUUAAAGCAGAUGUGGGUGACACAGCCAUCAAAGAUGUUGCUUCUUUUGCACUGAAAGCAAUUGACAGAGCGUCAAACUCUGCUAUGAAGAAAAAGAUUGUCAAGAUCUUAGGUGCAAAAUCGCAGGUCGUUGAAGGAAAACUGUAUCGUUUAGACUUGGAAAUUGCAGAUACAGACUGCUUAAAGAGAGAUAAACAUCUUGAUGAAGAAUGCAAGCUGUCAGAAAAUUCAGAGACAGAAGUCUGUCAUGUUGAAGUGUGGGAGAGGAUGUGGCUCAAAAACCGUAAAGUUACCAAAUUGUCAUGUGGAUCCAAACAUCAAGAACGGCUGCAAACUAAUGGCCAAUAUAAACUUGGAAACAGUGGUGUUCUCCUCGGGCUCUUCACAGAUUUCAUGUCUAAAUAUAACAAAACAUACAAUAGUGAUGAAGAAAUGCAGAAAAGGUUCCAUAUAUUUAAAGCAAAUAUGAUGAAAAUCGAACAUUUGCAGAGAACAGAGCAAGGAACAGGAAAAUAUGGUGUCACACAAUUUGCUGAUCUUUCAGAAAAUGAGUUUAAACAGAAGUACUUAGGACUGAAUCGAGCACUGAAGAGGGAAAAUGAAGUACCAAUGGCUAAUGCUAAAAUACCAGAUGUUGAAUUACCAGUUGAAUUUGAUUGGAGGCACUACAAUGUUGUUACCCCUGUAAAGAACCAGGGAAUGUGUGGGUCAUGUUGGGCAUUCUCUGUCACUGGCAAUGUGGAAGGGCAGUGGGCAAUUAAUAAAGGAGAGCUACUAUCACUCUCUGAACAAGAAUUGGUUGACUGUGAUACUUUGGAUAACGGCUGUGAAGGAGGACUACCAGAUAAUGCAUACCGAGCCAUUGAGAAACUGGGGGGAUUAGAAAUGGAAAAAGAUUAUCCGUAUGAAGGCGAGGAUGAGAAAUGUCAUUUCAACAGGAGUGAAGUGCUAGUCACCAUACAAGGAGCAGUAAACAUCAGUACCAAUGAGACAAAAAUGGCACAGUGGCUGGUGAAGAAUGGCCCAAUAUCCAUUGGGAUUAAUGCAAAUGCCAUGCAGUUUUACUUGGGUGGUGUGUCUCAUCCCUGGAAGUUCCUGUGUGAUCCUGAUAAUCUAGACCAUGGUGUUCUCAUAGUUGGAUUUGGUGUCCACAAAACUUAUUUUCGUCACAAGCUGCUCCCAUAUUGGAUAAUAAAAAACAGUUGGGGUACAUUCUGGGGGGAAAAGGGCUAUUAUCGAGUGUAUCGUGGAGAUGGAACUUGUGGAGUUAAUAUGAUGGCAUCAUCUGCAAUAGUUGCAUAGCUGUUUAGUAGUGUUUUCAUACUAAUGUAGCUAAACUUCAAAACCAAGUGAUAAAAAUAUAUUAACUGCUGUUUCCAAAUAAUACAAUAACUACUACAGCCUGCAUAUGCCUGUCUUUUGAAUAUAACUUGUGGGCUCCACAGCUCCUUUUUUGCACAUUUAGUUGGUGAAUAUAAAAUCCUUUUGAUAAUAAAGCAGUAAAGUAGCAUGUCCGUGUGUGUUUAAAAAAUGGCAUAUGUGCUAAAUUUUCUUUAUAUGUGUGAAAGCAGCAGUAGAACACUGUACAAUGUAUUCCAUGCUGAAUAAUUAAAUUCUUGAUGCUGAAGUAAAGUAUAUUGACAGGAUCUAGUGAUUCAUACCUCACACGUUAUUAGAGUUACCAAGCAUAUAACUUGAACUUGAGACAAAUAAUUUUUUCAUCUCACAAAGUUGAAGAACUGACUGAAAAUGUCUCUUCUAUAGAGUCUCUGGUAUGUUGUGUACCGUAGCUAUUCAUUAGAUGGCAGCUGUAAAUCAACUUAAAGGUACAAUUUGUUGGAGAUAGUAAAUUUUUUAGCUGGAUAAAUGUUAUCUAUUCUGACACUGUAGAUUUAAUAGAACCCUUGAAUGACAAUUGUUAAUUACUUAUGUAACAAAAUCAUCAUAUAAAAGUUCAUGUUAUGUGAGACUGUUUUGUGUCUUCAACGAGACAGUUAUAAAAAGUGCAAAAGUUGAGUUCUCUCUUCUUUUAGAAUUUGAUUAUUUUUUAAAAUGUUUGCUUCUAGGUGAUGGAGAUCUGUUUCACAUAACCACAGAUACUGUGAUCAUAUUUGCAUGACUCAUUCGAGCUGUUUUAAGAAUACUCUGAGAUAGAAGCUAUUAUGUUUAAGUCUUAGUGUAAAAUGUUUACAAUGUAGUUAUCAGUAGUAUUUGUCAGAAGUGUUCUUGUAGUGCCUUAAGGUUCUAAAUGUGAUUAACAUGUCUUACUUUUAUUAACAAAAGAUCCACUAUAUUAGUUUAUUUUUGACAUAUUGCAGACUACUAUUCUGAUUUGUUGAAGCACACAGAAGUUAUGUUUGCAUUCAUCAAAUGUAAACAGUGUUUCUUCAUGUAAGGAAUAUGAAGCCAUAACAGACAACAAAAAUAGUAGAAUGCACUUUAGUAAUUUAUAAUUAAAAAUCUUGAUACUUUAUGCGACAUGAAAUGAUCAUGACUACAUUUGUACCAAGUGGGCAUGUCCUUGUGAUGAAUGGAAAUAAAUUGACAAUAGCAUCACUCAAGCAUUAAGAAUAUGCCCAUAAAAGGACACAUUGUGCUAGUAUGUACCAUUGACCGAUCAAGAGUUUAUGUUGUGGAUGAACAUGGCUUGAGAAUAUUACAAGCUACAUUUUCUUAUUAUAUGUGAUUUGUUUUACACUCAGUUUUGCUAUUUUACUAUGCCAAGCAACAAAUAAUAUAAAAAUACUUUUCUUGUGCAAAUGUGAAUUUGUAAAAUGUUGGAAGUGACUGAGAAUCAGUUUGGUUUUUAACAUGGAAGAGUGCAAAAUGACCCUGCUGGUACAAAUCAUUAUUUAUAUUAUAUAAGUACAAUAAAAAUUUUAUGUUACAAACAUGUACUAUACUGUACUGUUCAGUGAGAUUAUAUAUGGAUAUCUGAAAAUAAUAUUUUUCUAACACAAGGCUAAUGCUGUACAUUUUGAAAAUAAAAUAUAUUUUUCUAAA